UAUUUUUUUCCGAGGCUGUGCUUUUGGUUUAUUUACGGUAACGUGGACCUGCAGUGUCCGCAAAGGCAUCAGGUGAUCUAGUGACUUAAAGCGUAGGUUGACGGGAGAAAACACAAAAUGACAGGCAAAAAUGUGAGGAAAUAAUCUGCUGGGGUUUAAAUAUGGAUGUAGGACAAGGCUAGUAGUUCGAGGAUGUGCUCAUUUUGUUCGUCCGUCUCGUGUCUUUUUAUGGAUUACUGUUACUAUCAUUAUUAUUAUCGUUAUUAUUAUUAUUAUUAGGCCACUUGGCGUAACCAUGGGGUUGUGUUAUAGUCUGCGUCCCCGGUUAUUCGGGGAUCUGAGCGGAACCAUUUCAAACGCCAAUUCAGACCCGGAGCAGCCGCCCGAUCUGCUCAUUCCGUCGCGUCUUGGGGAAUCUCGGCUCGACGAGUCCGGAGGGAACAGCAAGGCAUCUCCAGCGCCAUCUCCAUUACGCGCCGGUCAGACGCACCAGUGGGAACGUAGGCACGCUGGAGACGCCACCGCGGAUGGAGCUCUCAUCCAGAACGGAGGAGGAAAAGCCACAGGAACCGCGAAGGAUCGCAGCCGGAGACUAAACCUCCUUCCUACAUCCAGCCAGAAAGCAAAGAACUGGGACAAACUGGUGGUGGAGGAAAAGGAGGCCGAAAAGGAGGCGCGCAAAGUCAGUAAAAAUAUCGACCGCGUCUUGAAAGAACUCAAAAAGGAAUACAAGCAGACACACAGGCUGCUUUUAUUGGGAGCUGGAGAAUCAGGAAAAAGCACCAUCGUGAAACAGAUGAGAAUUCUUCACGUGAACGGUUUUAACGCAGAAGAAAAGAGACAGAAAAUCCAAGACAUCCGGAAGAACGUGAAGGACGCUAUAGUGACGAUAGUGUCUGCCAUGAGCACUUUAACACCGCCUGUCCCUCUCGCCAACCCGAAGGACCAGUUUAGGAUCGAUUACAUCAAAAGCAUAGCGGCGCUGUCGGAUUUUGACUACCCACAGGAGUUUUUUGAUCAUGCCAAGAAACUUUGGGACGACGAAGGAGUGAAAGCAUGCUACGAGAGGUCCAACGAGUACCAGCUCAUCGACUGUGCACAUUACUUCCUUGACCGAAUUGAUGCUGUAAGACAAAGUGACUACACGCCAACAGAUCAGGACUUGCUGCGCUGCAGAGUUCUGACAACAGGGAUUUUUGAAACGCGAUUUCAAGUAGACAAAGUGAACUUUCAUAUGUUUGAUGUGGGAGGUCAAAGAGAUGAGAGGAGAAAAUGGAUCCAGUGCUUUAACGAUGUCACUGCGAUCAUCUUUGUGGUGGCGAGUAGCAGCUAUAACAUGGUCAUCAGAGAAGACAACAACACCAACAGACUACGAGAGGCACUCAACCUCUUUCACAGUAUCUGGAACAACAGGUGGUUACGGACCAUCUCUGUUAUUUUAUUCCUCAACAAGCAGGACAUGCUGGCAGAGAAAGUAUUAGCUGGGAAAUCCAAAAUCGAAGACUAUUUCCCAGAAUACGCUCGCUACACCAUACCAAAUGAAGGUUAUGUAUCGCGCUGGCGAUGCAUAUGUCGGCGACGCAAAUCCCGCCGUUUGCCGUCAACUCCAGAACCAGGAGAAGACCCAAGAGUGACACGAGCCAAGUAUUUCAUUCGUGAUGAAUUCCUGAGGAUCAGCACAGCAAGCGGAGACGGACGUCAUUACUGUUACCCUCAUUUUACUUGCGCCGUUGACACGGAAAAUAUCCGCCGGGUAUUUAACGACUGUCGGGACAUCAUCCAGAGAAUGCACCUGCGGCAGUAUGAACUCUUGUGAUCUGGUUCCCAAAAGCCAGAGCACUUUUUUUCUUUUUAAAUAAAGAACCCACUCCUAAACAAGGCCAAAACCCAUGGAUUAUAUGUGUAACUUGUUUUUGGCAGAUCCUGUCUAAUUGAUUAUUUUUGCAUCUUUUUUAUGUGUGUGCACGAGUUCACCAUAUUGACAGUUUAUUAGCUAAACCUACCCUAUAGCCCCACCACCACCACCCCCAGCACCCUAUGAAGGCUUUAGACUGUGUCUGUAUCCCACUGUACGUCAUGUUCAAAGCCCUAAGAAGCAACAAUCAAUUUAAUUUAACUACAAAAACAAAAAAAUCGAACAAUUCCAUCUGCACCAUGAAGCAUGCUGGUGGUAGCAUCAUUACUGUUUAUUGUCUCUUGUUUUGAUUACUUGUGUUUUUCAAAAGUUCACAAUAGCUUAUUUUCCAUCGCUUCUUGGUCUUCAUGAUGUGCUGGUGUCGAGUUAUAUAACUGCAUCUUUAUCUCGAAUUCAAACCUUCUAUUUUGUUCAUUUUUUGUUUUCUUUGGUUGUUGGAAAGGGUGGACACGGUGGCUUAGUGGUUAGCACGUUCGCCUCACACCUCCAGGGUUGGGGGUUCGAUUCCCGCCUCCGCCUUGUGUGUGUGGAGUUUGCAUGUUCUCCUCGUGCCUCGGGGGUUUCCUCCGGGUACUCCGGUUUCCUCCCCCGGUCCAAAGACAUGCAUGGUAGGUUGAUUGGCAUCUCUGGAAAAAUUGUCCAUAGUGUGUGAGUGAAUGAGAGUGUGUGUGUGCCCUGCGAUGGGUUGGCACUCCGUCCAGGGUGUAUCUUGCCUCGAUGCCCGAUGACGCCUGAGAUAGGCAGCCUCUUUGUUAACCAGCUUGUUCCAUUCUUGAACAGAUCAUCGUUGCAAGCAUUGUCGUUUGGUGAAUCUUUUCCAUUAAUGAAUGGGGGGGGAUCGAAACCUAGUAAAUGUCCCUUGCGUCUUUGGUGCAUGGACCCCUUUUAUCAUAUAGAGAUAAGUGUGUACCUAUUUGGCAAAGGUAUUUAGCUCAUAAACUGUGGGUGUUUACACGUGCACACACACACACACACACACACACACACACGUCCACCACUUUCUGGAGAUAGCACCAUGUAUCCCGUAUCGUGACCCCUGGCCUCUUGGGCUCUCUGCUGCUCUUUGUCUCCGCUCUACUGAAGAUGUGAACACUGGGAAAAGAAGUAUACAAGAAUUAAAGCGCCGCACUUUUGCACCAGGUUUUAACUGACUGUAUUGUCACAGGUGGAUACACUCAAUGUAGCAUCGAAAUGUCGGAGUUAGAGCAUUAUUAUUACAGACCGAAGACGUUAAAGCAACUCUCAGCCCCCUCUGGUCUGUCCAUGCAUUUGAUUUCUGACCUUGUAUCACUUUGAAUGAUAUACACAUACACACUCUGUUUCUUGACUUGUACAGACAUCGCAAGCUGAUAUUUCUCUUGCACAGAUUAUUUAAAAAAAAUAAAAAAAAAGUUAUUUUAUACAACUUUAUGGAAGGAGAGGUGGGGGGAAAAAAAUCUACUUGUAGAUCUUUGUGCCUUCAAUAUGGCUGUACCUGUAAACAAAGCUGAGAUAUAAGUAUGUGUGUGUUUUGUUUUUUUAAAUCAUCAUUAUUGUUGACUUUUUUUUUUCUUUUUUUUUUCGGACUGCACUGUACAGCUUGAUGUCACUCUGUCAGCAGGAGGGACUGCCGACGGGGACCUACUCUGUAAAUGUACUGUUUUUUUUUUUUGUUGUUGUUGUCGUUUAUGUUUUCUUUGCUUGUUUUGUUUAUAUAAAAAUGCUGAUUAGUUUAAAAAAAAAAAUCAAAAAAUUCUGUAUACGUUAUGCAAAUCGAUUCCUCCGCCCCUCAUUAGCAUAACAUUUAAGAGCACCAUGCCUAAAAUCUAAAAAACAAAACAAACGGAAAUAUCAGUUGAUCAAAAGAUACACAACCAGGUGUUGUUUUUUUUUCAUAGGGACCUUUUUUCAGUAUGAGGUAUGAAUGCAAUAUGUUUGUGUGUCUCUGUGUGUGUAAGAGUGAGCUGUUUGCACUCGCUUCUAAAUGUGUGUACAUGUAAAUUUAUAGGUCUAUAUAAAUAUAUAUGUACAUCGCUACAUGUUUAAUUAUGUGUGUUGACGUGUAUACAUGCCUUUCUGUGUAUACAGUGAAGAAGUGUACAUGCACACAUAGAUAAGCAUGUGUGGAGUGGAAAAACGAAUAAAUGAGAGUGCAAUACA